CUGGUCAGAUUGGGACCGCUGUCUGACAGACCCCCUCCAAUUUACAUGCUCACCCACUCACCAACUCACACACACACACUCAUCCAGAUUGGCCCCUGAGGGUCCCUCCACUUCCCGCUCUACACGUCCCUCCAGCAUUGUGAAACAGGAGCGCCAUCCCAGUUGUCUACAAACCAAUAGGAAUGUUUGGCUACCAAUUCUUCUAAUGUUUUCAAGAUGGCUUUGACUCUUAUAAGGAAAUCCCCCCAGUUUAGUAGCCAUUUGAAAUUCCUGCUCCUUUUUUACAGCGAGGAAGUGUUUUCUGAGUCACAGGGCGAGAGCCAGUCGUGCGCCCCAGUCUGUCUGAGGCUAGGGAGUUUGGAGGAGCGCUCGCUGUUGAUACGUGAGGAUUGUACGAGGUGCCGAGACUCUUAUGAGAGUCUGAGGUUCUGCUUUUUUGAACUCCAGAUCUAACAUCUGUUUUCUGUAAACGAUAAAGAACAGAGGACUCAAGUGACCCUUACGGGAUGUUUUUACUGGGCAGUGGACUGAUGGGCAACUCCUCAGCGUCCUUCAUGGGGACGUUCCUGGCCAGCAGUCUAGGCUCCCCUCCCUCACACCCACCACACCCUUCCAGAGCACCGUCCUCUCCCUCUUCUCCUCCUUAUCGUGGGGGUCCUCACUCCAGCGCCUCUCAGAUCUGGUUCCCCCACUCACAUGAAGCAGUCCCAGGGUAUCCUCGCUUCUCAGGGAGUCUAGCCCACACCUUUCUUCCCAUAAGCCAUUUAGAUCACCAUGCCAACAGCGGGGUCCUCUAUGGACAGCACCGUUUCUAUGAUACUCAAAAAGAGAACUUCUACUUAAGAAGCCUCCCGUCCCAGCCCCCACUCAUCUCAGCCAAUCACAACAUCCAGCCCAUGUCAAGGGCAGGAUCAGGACAACCCCAGGGCUCAUGCAGCAGGGACAGAGAUGCAGGAAGUGGGAUGAGCCUACAAAAGGGUCUUAAAGAGCCUAGCUUAGACAGAGGUGUGGUUUCAUCUGCAAAAGAUAAAGACAGGCCUAGUAAUAAACAUGAUUCUAAAGAUCGCCAUCACCACCAAAUGCCCCAUCAUCAUUCACAUCAACCGCAGCUCCACCCACAACACCCAGCCACUAUGGAAGAGAUGAACGGCAGGGGGCACAAAGCCUCUCUGCCUAUGGAGUAUAAGGAACAUCCACAGAGCAUGGGAAAACCUCUUAGUGCCUGUCUGCUCAAUGGAAAGAUGCUAAAUGGGGACCAUGGAACUGGGGCAAAAGGCUCCAUGACUGCUUGUGGUGGGGAUGGGGUGGGUAGAGGUCACAUAGGGUCCAAUAAUGUCCAAAACAGACACGUGGGUGGUGGCACUAAUGGGCGCUGUGGUAAAGAGGCGAUAAGUGGGGAGAUGCAGAUCAGUGAACAGCCUCCUACAGACUGUCUGGAGCGAGGCCAGGCACUGCAGCAUUCUUUGCCCUACUCUGUGCCUCCUCCACUGCCCAUGGCUGCUGGAGGGGGGCAUCCUAGUGGCUUCCACUGUCUGCAGCUCCAUCCUGGCCACCCCCAUCAUCCACACCAAAAUCGCCACUCACAUCAUCACCCUGACUUUUUCUGCCCUCCACCGCCAGCCCCCAUGGGAAAUCCUUCCGUACACGAUAAAGGAAUCAAUAGUGGUGGCUGCAGAGACCCCAAAGUGACUGGAGCCACAUUUGUUCCAUCUGUUAGCCACCUUGGGGAGAAAACUGGAGGCCCCUUCCAGAUGGGCAGCUCAGAGUGCCAGGGGGUUGGGGGCGGAGGGAACAGUGUCAAGGACAAGACCAUGGAAAAGACUGGCAAUGGGGGGCAUCAUGGUAACUGGCCCAGGAAACAACAGCAUCAACCUCCGACCCAGCAGCAGCAUCCCUACAGAAAAGCUGAAAAAGCCCCUGACUGGAUGCACAACCACAACCACAACCACCAUCAUCACCUACAGCAACAACAGCAGCAACAGCAGCAAAGCCAUUCCCAGCAACACCAGACUGUGCGCUCCCGCAGUGCUGACUGCAUCAACAGUAUGGAAACAGACAUCUUCAGAUCUACACUGACUCAAGAGACAAAGACUGUUCAUCCUCUACCCAACCAAACCAACACCAAUUCCCAGCCCUACAGAGACUGCUCACACUCCGGGCCUCCAACCAUUCCCUCGCCUCUUGCUGGAAAGACCAUGACCCAGCACACGGGUGGAGGAGGACAUGGAAGCUGCUCUAUGCAGCGAGAUGGACAGAAGGUUGCCCGCAUUCGCCACCAACAGCACAGUAGGGCUGGCCCCGAUACCCCUGGCACAGACAUGGCCCAGGCUACUGGGAACCAGGAGAUGAAGCGGAAGAUGGAAAUGUCUCCUUAUGGCUACAACAACAAUGCGCAGCAUCACCAACAUCAGCAGCCAUCAGUGCCACCUUGGGCCAUGCAACCUCAUCACAUCCACUCUGAAGAGAACCAGCACAAAGCUUACAUGGAAGCUAAUAGUGGAGCUGCCAACAACAGACCACCCACACAACAGCAGCACCAGACAGCAGGAAUGGGUCCUCCUCCGCCUCCUCCUCUUCAUCCAGCUCCUCCUCAAAAUCAGCAGGAGGUCACAAACUCACAGGGAGAGAACAGUGCCAUGAAAAACCUUCUGAAGUACAGCAACCAGCAGCCUCUCCUCCUGUCCCAGAAGAGCCCAUUUGGAGGGCUUGGGAACCUCAAAACAGGGCCUAAUGGCACCAGCUGCUCUAUUCAGGGAGGCAAGCAGACCCUACCCUCCAGGAAAGGCCAAAGCCAUGAAAGCGACCGAGCUGACUGCGGUGGACGUGGCCGGGAGAUAGGAGAUGCCCCACAUGUAGAGGGGGAGGUGCGACAGCCUCCGGUAGGGAUUGCUGUUGCUGUGGCAAGACAGAGAGAGCCACCAUGCCAAGCAUCAGGCAGCCAUCCCAGCAGUCGACAGGGGCGGGUGCACUCCACCAUGAAAGGCACUCCACGCUCCAUGUAUCCUUCAGAUUCACCAGGAGAGGAGGAGAGGAAAAGGACGAGUGUAGAACACAUGGGCCACCGGUGCUUAGAGAGAGAACGAGAUGUGUAUAUCAGGGAUAACAAGGAAAGGGUGGAAUUUGCACACAUCCAUCCCUCAAACAGUUGCCAUGGUGACCUCACCUCUCACAUCAUGGUGCCAGGUGGCACUUCCAUGCAGUCGAGCCAAUUAGGAGACCCAGCUGCACAUACACAUUCUGCUCACCACCACUGGAUGCCACGAACAGGAAGUCCCUCCCUCUGGAUGACAGGUCACUCCUAUGGUAUUGGCCACACAACUCUGCACCAGAAUCUCCCACCUGGGUUUUCUGCAGCUAUGCCUGCACCUCUUCAACCAGUUCUACCCCUGCCCCAGGACCCCUCCACCCAACUGGUGGUGCUGCCCAGUGAGCCUGCCUCACACCCGGCUACUCACCUUGAUGUGAUGGAGCAGCCUGGUCUGUGGCCCCCAGUCUACAGGGCUCGAGGGGCCCACUCCCACAUGCAGCAUCCUGCUGUGUAUCCUCGUUCACAGUUUCUACGGCAACAAGAGCUUUAUGCUCUCCAGCAACACCAGCAGCUGCAGCAUCAGCAACACCCCAGCCAUCACACGCCACCACCUCCAUCACACAGAGCAGCAAACAACAUAGAGCUGCAGCAGAGAGCCACAGCCGAUCACAGCCAGGUGCAAAAGAAACCAGAAGAGCAGAGCAUGGAGCUAGAAGACAUUCUCUCUGACCCCAGGACUCCCAAACCUGCUAAGUGCUAUGCCUACGGCCCAUCCAACCGGACCUCCUCACCUCCCAGGGGCUCCACUGCCCACUUGUCACCCUGCUGCCAGUCCCCUUGUAUGCGGCCUCACCCUAAAAGCACACCCUCUACUCCCUGUCCUGCCCCAAGUCCAAUAGCUGCUACACCCCGCUCACCAGCCAUCAGCCCUUCUCCAUCACAGUUGCACAAAACUGUUGAGUCCCAGGAAAAGAGGGUGGAAGGCCAGCCACCACAAGACUAUCCCCAAUCCAUGGAGCCUGAUCUACCACCAGGAUAUACCUAUCCAGAAAUCAACAUGGGAUAUAGAAAUGGCCCGACCACUCAAGAUGUACAACUGGCAGAGCCUGCUGAUCUGGAGGCUGUUCAGACUGAACCUGUUGAACACUCUCCUCCAGCUCUCUCCAGCUUGGGAGAGGGCCUAGAAUGUCAUGCAAUGGUGAGGCCACUCCAAGAACCACAAGAGCCAACAACGGAAGUUGAUGCCACUAGUCUGGUUGUGGAACAGCCUGAGGGUGUAUUUGUGGAAGGGGAGGAUGUCGAGACAGUCAUGGCCAUGGGCUGCUGUGAACCCGCAGAGGAUAAUCAGGAAAAGGAGCACACCGAGAUAAUUUGCAUGCCUGCUGAAGUUUCAGGCUGUGAAGUAGGACAGGUACCUACCCUAUCAUCUGAGGAAGUAAUCCAUCAAGAAGAACCAAUUGUUACCUUUGAGGAAGAAGUGGGUGAACAUAUACCUCCUCAAGAGAGUGAAGACACUGACACACUGAAGGAUCAGAGACCUCCAGUACCACAACCAUGUGUCUCUGAUUGUUCACUCAACCAGCUGCCAAACACCACCGCCCAAGCAGAGGUUGUAGUGGUUGCUGAGGAAGAUCAAGAGAAAAACUGUGUGAAGGUUCUAUCCCCAACUAUGAAUACCUGCUCCCAGAGUCUCACAACAAGUUACUGGAGUUUGGAGCUCUUGAUUGCAGCAGCCUUUUGUGGUGACUGUCCUCCUCCUUCACCACCUUCCUCUUAUCAAUCCCAGAGAUAUUGUGGCCCACUAAACUCAACCUGUCAUGGCAUGGAAUUGCUGAGUGAGCUGGCUGAUCUGGAACUGCAACGGUAUCACCAAAGUUGUGGUAAAACUCAAGGAGAAGAUCAAUGGAUUUUUGACCUGCAGAGUCUUGCUACUUUGGCAGCAGCUCGUGCCCUAGAAUUGGGCUCACAGGACAGCAGCACCACAGAUGCUGAGAAGCAGUUCCCUGCUCGAAGAACUCUCAACUUGCGCAGAAAAUGCAGCUGGACUCCACGGCAUGAGCCGGUGUGCCCAGUGAAAGGUACCAUGGACAGUAUGGAUGGGCAGGAGUUGGAGAUGCGAGUGAGGCUAGCAGAGCUGCAACAGCGUUACAAAGAGAAGCAGAAAGAACUGGCUAAACUCCAAAGGAAGCAUGAUCACCAGAAAGAGGAGACUCCUCGCAGUCCAGCACGUCGAGGCCCUGGUAGACCACGCAAACGCAAAUCAGUCCCUGGUCUUGGUUCUGGGGCCCUUAAUGAACCCCAGAAAAAAGUAAAGUUGGUGGGGGCGGGGCUAAGCCCACUAGCAGAGGAGCACCGGGGAGGUGGAGAAUCGCAAAAGAAGAAGAAAAAAUUGUCCAAUCGAGGAUUUGGCCGACUCAGCUCUACACAGAUGAAGUCACAGUGUUAUCGGAAGAAUAGCACCCUUGAUCAACAAAUAACUCAACUCAAGCAGAAGGUCCCAGGUGGACGACACACAUCUGGAGCUACGUCAAGAGACCCAGAGUUUUCCUCAACAUCUAAGAGCCUGUAUUCUGGCUCCAAAAGAGAUUCCACACAGCUCAGUGCAGCCAAUGAGUCUGAGAGCCUAAGCGAUACAGCCACGAGUGGGGACAGCGGGACACAGGAGUGCUGGAAAAGGCACGAGCCAGUGGCACUUAAAAAGGAAAGAAAGAAAAGUCCUGGAUCAGCAGCUUGUUUGCAGCAGCCAAGGGCCAGGAUCCCACAGGGCAGAGGACAGGAAGUGGAUGAGGACGGGGAGACGUCCCCCCCUGAGAGCGAGUCCUCUGAGCAAGAGGAAGAUGAAGAGGAAGGCAGUUAUGGCAGUGAGGAAGGCCAAGACAUCAAAGCUCCGACGUUCAGGGAUUUGCCGUUCAGCCCGGCCGUUAGGGGCCCUUCCACUUUCUCUGUUGUCAAACUGGAAGCCAAUCAGAAGGCGAAGAUUAAGCGGGAACGACAAGAACUUUAUGGAUCUCAGUUUCGAGCUGUAACAGAUGGGGACGUGAAGGUAAAACGACGGCCCCCCUGUAGAUCCGUCCCCAUCACUGUCUCCAAACCUCCAGGUGUCAGAAGGCGACCAGGCAGGCCAAGACUGCAGGACAAACGCUGGCCUGGGAUCGCAGGCAGGCCGGGUCAUUACAGAAAGAGUAGCAGCCUUCUCUCAUUUCCCAGCAGCAGCAGUGAAAGGCUGAAGAGAGCCACUCGGAAGAGCAACAUGCUGAGAGCCACGAGGAGAACUUACUGGUCAACCGAGGCCCAGUCUCAAGACAGUGAUGAUAACGGCAGCACUCGGAGAACCAGACUUCGAGAGUCUAAAGGUCGAGCAGUCAGCCGUCUGAUGGAGAGUUUUGCAGCAGAUGAGGGCUUCCAUCUGGGUGAGGACAGUAGCUUCUCAGAGGAGGAUGAGAGGAAGGUGUCAUCGAAUAGCAGAAGUGCUCCAGCUCCUCCAAACUGUUUUCUGACCAAAGAGCUCCUGACAGAUGGACUCAAGGUUCUGAUCUCCAAAGAAGAUGAACUGCUGUAUGCUGCUCGUGUGCAACCCCUGGAGUCGCCUGAUGUCUACAGUAUUGUUAUCGACGGGGAGAGAGGAAACCGACCCAGAAUCUACUCCCUGGAGCAACUCUUGCAGGAAGCCGUACUGGAUGUACGCCCUGACACUGAGGCUGUUCUAAAAGAAGGGACUAGAGUGUGUGCUUACUGGAGUGAGCGCUCGCGCUGUCUUUACCCGGGAUAUGUGCGAAGGGGAGGUGAUGAAUGUAAACCUGGUGGGGUUAUGGUGGAGUUUGAUGAUGGAGAUAGAGGAUGGAUCUCUCUCUCCAAUAUUCGCUUUCUUCCUCCUGGUUACCAAAUCCAAUGUCCUGAUUUGAGUCCUAGACCCAUCUCUGAGGGGCAGCUUGACAAAAAUAGCUCCAUGCUAGAAAACAAGACAUUGAGUGAAAGAACAGCAAGAACAGACAGAUUCAAAGCGCAGGAAAAGCCUGUCAGAAGACCAGGGAGGCCGAAAGGUUCAGGGCUAAAGAAGACUCUGUCAGACAGUGUACCCAAGAGCUCAGCACCUGCUGUGACAUGGCCAUCAGUGGCAGCACCCAGGAAGAGAAUGCCUGUUAACUUUUUCCAGCUCAAUGGCUCAGCCUCGAAGAAGGUCUUGAAAGGCAGGGUGGCAGAAACAUCCUCUCGACCUUCAGUCUCCAUGACGACACCAACCAAAGGCCUCUUUAGCAGUAGCUCCUUUGAGGUUGACUCCUUCAGCAGCAUAGCUAACGGUUAUUCAUCCUUUGGCAGCCAAACAUCUGGGAUUUCACUGGAGGGCAAGAACAGUUCUUAUGGUCAAAAGAAGAGGACUGAGGAGCCAGCACCACCUCGGGGCAAGAAAUCUGAAUUUCUAGUCAAAUUGGACCAUGAAGGAGUAACAUCUCCAAAGACUAAAAACAGUAAGGCUCUCCUGUUGCUGGGAGCUUCAGGAUUUGGCUCCAAUGGGGUGGGUGGUUUGCCCAGGGCAGAGGCUUACUCACACCCAGUUCUGCUGGUCAAGGACAACAGGAAAGGAGAUGGCUCACGAGCAGAGCUCCUGCUGAAAGGGACAACAGUCCAGAGGAAGCCAUCACCAUCAUUGCGCAUGAGUGAGUAUGGAGACUUGAACCUUGGCUGCCACAGGGACUGCCACAGCUCCUACUCAGACAUGGAUGAGGAAGAGGAAGAAGUGGAAAGGAGGACGGCCCGUGCCGCACUUGCUUCUGCCUCUGGAGGUUUGAGAACAGCUGGCCGUUUUCUCUCACGCAUCUCAGUCUCCUCGUCUUCCUCUGGUUCUUCAAGUUCUUCCAGCUCAGGCUCUCUCUCGAGUUCCAGUCUGUGCUCCUCUGAAAAUGACUCAUCUUACAGCUCGGAGGAUGAGGAAAGCUCCACGCUGCUGCUCCAAAGCUGCUUGACCCCCCACCAUUCUUUGCUCCAGUCCCCUGAACCCCCUGUGGGACCCCCACGGCACUCCUUUGUGGCCAAAGCUGUGGCAGUGUCCAGUGCCAAAGGUGGGCAUAGCAACCACAGUACUAACAGCAAGCCACAGAAGAGGAAAGAGUGUCCCAGUUCACUCUCCAAAACCUCUAAAGAUCUGGUUAAGAGGCAACGCCUUCUAGCAGACCAGACCAAACCCAGAGUGUCACCCAUCCUGCCAUCUAGACAGCUGUGGAGGUGGUCAGGAAACCCCACACAACGGCGUGGACUUAAGGGAAAGGCUCGGAAGCUUUUCUACAAGGCCAUAGUACGUGGCAAGGACAUGGUGCGGGUAGGAGACUGUGCUGUGUUCCUUUCGACUGGGCAGCCUCAUUUGCCAUUAAUCGGCCGCAUUGAGAGUUUCUGGGAGUCAUGGCAAAGCAGCAUGGUCGUAAAAGUCCAGUGGUUCUACCACCCUGAAGAGACCAAGCUAGGCAAGAGACAUCGCGAUGGCAAACAUGCUCUGUACCAGUCAUGCCAUGAGGAUGAAAACAACGUCCAGACAAUCUCUCAUAAGUGUCAAGUGGUCACACGUGAGGAAUACGAGCGAUUGACCCGCAACAAGAAGGCUGAUGGGAGCUAUCAUGACCUGUACUACCUGGCCGGCACUUACGACCCCACCAGCGGCCAGCUGCUCACUGCAGACGGGAUGUCUAUACUCUGUUAGCACUGGACUUGCAUGUCUGCGUAUACUACUGAGUUGUCUUUGGUCCAAAGUCAGAGAUGUUGCACUGCAAAUAAGAGGUUGGACUUUCUGACAGAGGACCAGGAAGUAGGCUACCACCCUCUUACCCAUAAACUCUGUCUACUCUGAGGAGAUAUGUGCAUGCUCCUCCUAGCGAUACCUUAGAGUACAGUAGAUGCAGUUUGUCCAUGGUCCUAAUUCUCUUCUGAGGUUUUCUAACGAACAUAUUAUGGAUCUAAUUUUAUAUCUGAUCUUAGAUCACCAAAGCAAAACUCUUGGUUUGGAGAACAUGGUGGAUGAUUAUGAAGACUUGAGCCAUGUUGUAGGCAAUGGCUGUGUGGGGGCGCGCUCCGCACGUCACUCUUAUGAUUCCAGGGAUAUUUAAGUACAUAUAGAUCUAAAUAUAUAUUAAGUUCAUUUAUGUAUAUAUAGGGAAUUAUUUCCUAUUAAGCCAUACACUUCAGUACCUCUUAACAUGUCUUUUUAUUCAGGUGUAUAUUGUACAGGACAGGUUGCUGGUGUUUUGUUUUUGUUUGUGUGUGUGUGUGUUUUUCUUUGUUGUUGUCUAUAUGUAAAUAUUUGAAGCUAUUUUAUAUAAGUGUAAUGUACAGAGGCUUAUCUUACCAUGUUCUGAUUGAUUUAUUUUUGUAUAAGUGAGUGAUAUAGUAGUUGUUGAUUUCUGUGAGAGGGUGGACUGAUGAUGUAUGCAUUGCACUGCACACGGCCUGCUGAUACAGUGAGAGAGGAGUCGUCCCUGCCCUGUUUUCUCAUUCAGAGAAAAGGGUUACACAGGGCGCCGUCCUUUUAUCGGCUGCACUUUGGGCAUUUUUUCCUUUAAUGUCUUACUCCAUUUUUUUUUACACGCUUAAUGUUCAAACAAAGAGAAAAAAGUAUUGACACCUUAAAAUGGUUCUACCAAUCUGACAUCAGUGGCAAAAUUGAAUCAGAGUCUACAAAAUAAGGAGAGUAAAAUGGUAAAUCUCAUAAAGAAACGUCCAGGUCAUAUUUCGCUUCGAAAUCAUGAAGAAAUCACAAAGCCUGAUUUUAAGACCAUUUAAAUGAACAAAUAGUGACAUUAAGCACAAUGUCAUUCUCAUUACCAUAAUACAGAAAUGAAAAUCAGAAGGUCUGCCUGGACACCAUGAUUUUUUUGUUCUUGGCCUAAUUUGUGAGAUUCACCUAAAAUACUGGUAUGUAAAACCAGAAGUACCUGAAAAAGAAUUCCGACAUGUGUUAUUACUGUAUCUGAUGCAUUUUUUGUUUUCAAAUGCAUCCUGCACUGUAUUUACAUAUUUCUUUGCUUUUCAACCAAGUUUUUUAGCGCAUUUUUAAAUUUAGCACCCAUCAAAAGGGGUAUUUCGAUUGAUGGUGAAAUACACCUGAUUCUUUAUCUUAGUAUCCCAGGGUCAGGGCACUAAAAGCAAGGGAUUGUUAGAGCACUAGGCACAGCUGGAGUUCAUCGAGAAGUUGGCGUACAGUCAGACUGUACUCCAUGCACUCAUUUUUCACUGUGAGGGACAAUCGCAUUCAUGCAUGAAGGAGCAUCCACUGUUUGAAAGGCUCACACAAUCAUAGCAUUCUUCUUUUGUGCCAAAAAUAGUCAGUUCUGAUUAUGCAAUCUUCACUGUAUUGUACAAGUAUUAUUUUUUUAUUGUUGUUGUUUUAUCGUUUAGUGUUUAUUUAUUGUCAGUGUUACUGUUUCAUUACAAAACCAAUAGAUCAUGAUGAAAACGUCUUAUUUGCUGGGAUCUAUUUGACCCAAAAGUGUCGUACUAACGUGCAUAUGGCUUGAGCUACAGUCAGACCUUCACCUCUUGCGACCCCAUUAACAACAGCUUCGGCCCCGCAGGGGAAGUGACGUUGUUCACUGACCCUCUCAGUUUCCUGACCGUUUACCCCCAUCCUUUCAGAUUUACAAAUGAACUUCUAGAAUCUCCCCAAUGCCACGUUUGGCCGUGUAAUUUGCUUUUUGCAGAGAGUGUGAAAGAAAA